GUAUCUUCAUGUCACAGAAUCUAAUCUAAUCUAAUCUAAUUAAUUAAUUAAUAAAAUUUGAAUUCUUGUAUACAACGAUGUCUGAAGAGAAGCACCACCACCACCUCUUCCACCGCCACAAGGACGACGACGAGGAGGAGAAGAGGCCCUACUCCGACUCCGCCGCCGCCCCUGAAGGCACUGGACAGUACGGCGGCGGAGGCGGCUACAAGACUUCCGAAUUCGGCGGCAGCGGCGGUGGCGGCUAUGGCCAGACUGAUGAUUACGAUAAGAAGUACGACAAGGAAAACGUCGGCGGCUACGGUGGCUACGAGAAAGGAAGCGCCGGUGGCGGCGGCGGCGGCGGCUAUGGCCAGACUGAUGAUUACGAUAAGAAGUACGACAAGGAAAACGUCGGCGGCUACGGUGGCUACGCCGCCCAAGGAGGUGACUACGGCAAAGAAAGCGCCGGUGGCGGCGGCGGCGGUGGUUAUGGUGGUUACGGACAGACGGCCGGCGACGAGUAUGGCGACAAGAAGUACGGGAAGGAGGAGGGCAGCCAUUACGCCGGCGGUUACGCCGAGAGCGGCGGCGGCUACGACGAGAAUGAGUACGAGAAAGCACAGAAUCCGACGGCAGGUUACAAUGAUCGCAAGGAGAAAGAGGAUUACGAGAAAGAAAAGGACCACCACAAGCACAAGGAACACCUCGGCGAGAUCGGCGCCGCCGCCGCCGGCGCUUUCGCGCUGUAUGAGAAGCAUGAGGCGAAGAAGGACCCGGAGCACAAGCACAGGCACAAAUUAGAGGAGGAGAUCGCCGGCGUGGCGGCGGUGGGUUCCGGCGGGUUCGCGUUCCAUGAGCACCACGAGAAGGAGGAGGCUAAGGAAGAAGCUGAAAAGGCCGAGGGCCAUACCAAGAAGCAUCACUUCUUUGAUUAACCUACGUCCCAUCGAUCAUCUGCUCGAUCGAUCUUCUUCCAACAACAUAUAUAUAUAUAUAUAUAUAUAGACAUACAUACAUGCAUACAUAUAUUGAUGGGUAUAUAUAAAACCCUAAAUAACUGAUGAUGAUGCUGAUGCUGAUGCUGAUCAAAAGUGUGUUGCUGUUUUGUACGUGCAGCUGUUGUGUGGACUUGUAUUAUUCUCUCUAUAUAUAUACCAUAUAUAUAUGUGUGUGUGGUAAUAAAUAAAUAAUCCAGUGUGUAUAAGUUCAAUGUUGUGUAAUUUAAAAAUAUGUGGUGUGUGCCUUUGUUUGGA